AUGGCCCCCAAAGACGGAAAUGAAUCGGACAAUGAUGAGAUCCAAAACCAGAUGACUUCACAAGAAACAGGGACAACAGAAGAGAUAAGGGCGUUAAAACAACAAAUGGCAGAGAUGUACGAGGCUUGGAUGAGUGGAAAACCUCCGCCGUCUUCAAUCCGAGACUAUUUUAAUACAAAUAUGUCUCCCCCUAUCCAGGUGUCGACAAGCGAUCCGAUAUAUCCCCCUGGAUUCGGCCCCUAUGCUAACACAUCUAAUGUCGCUGGAACAUCUAUGGUGCGCCCUUCGAAUAUACCUAUGAUAAAUAAUCCACUCUUUGUGUCAACUGCCCUGACUAACAGCAUCCCGCAGCCAACGAUGGUGCCCAAAUCCAACAGCGAUCCUCCGCCCAAAGUUCAGCAUGAUCACAGUUACACUCUUGAAGAGGCCAUUAAAAUUCCAAGCUCUCAUUCCCACAUUCAUCAAUAUAGUUCUCCUGUCGAAAUUGAGAAGAUGGUCAAGAAUGAGGAACAUGAAGAAAUGACUAAGAAAAUGAAGAGUUUGGAACAUAGUAUAAGAGAUAUGCAAGGACUAGGAGGCCACAAAGGCAUCUCGUUCAGUGACUUGUCUAUGUUUCCUCACGUCCAUUUGCCUGCUGAUCAUUCCUCUUUAGCCAACACGAGAAAAAAGACCACGGAAAAUUUUCGUGAAUAUGCUAUCAUAUGGAGGGAAAAAGCUGCUAGGGUUAAACCACCGAUGAAGGAGUCAAAGAUGAUUGACGUUUUUCUCCAGGCGCAAGAACCUGAUUACUUUCACUAUCUGCUUUCUGCCGUCGGGAAGACAUUCACUGAAGUUAUUAAGGUAGGGGAAAUGGUGGAAAAUGGCAUCAAGUCUGGAAAGAUUGUAAGUCAAGCUGCCUUAAAAGCCACAACACAAGUGCUUCAAAAUGGUUCUGGAAAUAUUGGAGGGAACUAG